AUGAAGCCUGCCAGUAUCGCUGCCAUUCUUGCCGCAACCUUUGGCGCUGUCCAAUCGACUCCCGUCACUCGGGCAUCCAAACCACCAUAUUUCCUCCUCAUCGGCGAUUCUACCGUCGCUACCGCUGGAGGAUGGGGUGACGGAUUCUUGUCAUUCGUGACCGAUCCUGCGGACGGCGUCAACUCGGCCAAGAGCGGGACCACAACUGUGUCAUACCGUGCCAAUGGACGAUGGGACCAGUUGCUGGAGAACAUCAACUCCACCGCCUCCGACUACUCGCCCAUUGUAACCAUGCAAUUUGGCCACAACGACCAGAAGGCCCUUGAUCUGGACGAGUAUAGGACGAACCUGGAAGGUCUGGCUACGGAGGUCCAAGAAGCCGGUGCCACUCCUAUCAUCAUCACUCCCUUAAGCCGCCGCCGCUUCGAUGGCGAUACAGUCAAGGAAGAUUUUGUGGAGUGGCGAGUCCAAGCCAUCAACGCCGCCAAGUCCGUGGGAAUCAAGUACCUGGAUCUGACCACCGCCAGCACCGACUACAUCAACGCCAUUGGCGACGAGAGCGCCACCAACUACGACCUGUCCGACGGUGAUAAGACGCACAUCAACGAGGCCGCUGGUGUCGUUUUUGGCCGUCUGGUGGCCGAUCUCUUGGUGGCCGCUCGCUCCGAUCUGGAGGACUACAUCACCCCCAACGAGGCGCUGAGCAAGAAGAUCGCUGCGGGCGAGUACGCCUCCGGAGAUGAGUAA